UUCUGUAGAAAAUCGAGGAGGGAGUCAGUGAUCGCGAUCAGUGAGUAGCGUGCGGCUAGUAGUGAGAUUAGUGAGUGAGGAACAUUUAAGUCUAUGAACAAAACAUUAAAUAGACACGCCGCCGAUACACUGAAGGUGCCAUCGGGUGUCGAACAGCACAAUUUUUAAUUGGACAAAGUGUUACGGGCAAAAAGAAAUUGUUGAAACAAGUUGUUGAAUGUUUUUGGAUUUCAUAAUGACCGCUGAGAAAAUUUCCUCUUCACAAGUAACGCUUACGUCGGACAGAAAGGUCUACAAGUUGUACUUAGCAGCGAUCGGGGCAAACAUAAUUUCACUUUCUUUAGGAACCGCGAUUGGCUGGCUGUCGCCCUUUCUUCCACUACUAAUCUCGUCUGAUUCGCCGCUGCAACACGGCCCGGUAACCGAUGUGCAGGCAACAUGGAUUGCAUCGCUGUUGUGCAUUGGUGCCUUCUGUGGAACCUUCUUGUUUGGCUGGAGCGCAGACAAAUUUGGUCGCAGAGCAUCGCUCUUAUCGACAGCGGUACCAUUGAUAGGAUUUUGGACAUGUGUGGCGUUCGGUACCACUGUCGAAGUAUUAUACUUUGCUCGGAUUCUAGCCGGUUUGGGAGCAUCCGGCGUUUUCCUGUUGGUGCCCAUGUAUAUUACGGAAAUUGCUGAAGACAGGAAUAGAGGAACACUCGGUUCCUUCUUCAUACUCUUCCUCAACAUUGGCACACUGAUUUCGUUUGUGAUGGGCAGCUACACGUCGUACCAUUUAACAGCAUACGUACUUUCUACAGUACCCCUUGCUUACCUGGUCAUAUUCUUUCAAUUUCCCGAAACGCCAAUGUACUUGAUUCGAUGCAAUCGAGUACGGGAUGCGGAAUGUUCACUAAAAUAUCUGCGCGGUUACACCUCGACGCCCGAUCAUCUAGACAUGUUGCGCUCUGAAAUGGACGGUCUAUUGCAAAUGCAGAUGACCACCGUAAAAGACAGUCCGGAGCACAGCACUGUCUCGUUGGCUGCUUUUUCUUCGCCGCCGGCUCGUAAAGCUUUGAUAAUCGGUCUGGUGUUAGUGUCUCUGAAUCAGCUUUCCGGCUGCUUUGCGCUGAUUAAUUACACCUCGCAAAUAUUCGCCGAUGCGGGUUCAGAUCUCGAUCCGAACAUGGCUGCUAUUGUGGUGGGAGCUAUUCAAAUUACUGGAUCGUACGGAUCCUCGAUCAUCGUUGAUCGAUAUCAACGAAAGCACGUCUACAUUGUAUCGAGCUUUUUGGCGACGAUCGGUCUAUUCGUCAUGGGGACACACGGCUACUUGAAAAGUCAGCACAUCGAUGUUAGCGCCAUCAACUGGAUACCGGUGGCGAGCCUUUCGUUUGUUAUUUUCAUUGCUUCCAUUGGCUUGCUGCCACUAACGUUCGUCAUUCUUUCGGAAAUCCUUCCACCAAAUGUUCGAAGUAUGGGCGGAUCUCUUUGCACCGCAUUUCUCUGGACGAUCAGUUUCCUGGUGGUGAAAUAUUUCCCAGCGAUGGUUGAACUUAUAGGACUCCAUGGUUGCAUGUGGAUGUUUAGCGCCGUCUGCCUUUCGGCCGGUCUGUUUAAUGCGAUUUUUAUUCCCGAGACGCGUGGUCAAAGCAUAGAGCAAAUCAUGCAUGCAUUUGAAAACGAUAACAAGAGCUGAAUUUUAGAUUAGCAUCACAUUCAGUUCGAAAAGGACGCUAGGUCGAUUUUGCAUUUUGUACACCUGAAUUACGCAAUUUAAAUGUACUGCAUAAGGUAUUUAUUAGUAUUUAUGGACUUAAACAAUGUACAUAUGGUUCGUAGGAAUUGAAUAAUAUUAUAAGAAAACUAAAAAGCUUUUACAAAUGUCUGUUUCUUAUUGCUUUACUAUUCGUAUAACAUUACUUUAGAGGAUCCGGUCUGGUUUUUGUAGCCGAAACACUCGUAUGUAGAUAAUACGGAUCUGUUCAUUCUAAAUAAAAU